AUGUCUGCUGCCUCAACCGACAUGGUCCCUGCCGGCCAGGAUCCCUUUGAUUUCGACUCGGUCGACUGGGGCAACCUCUCGUCUGCCUCGGCCUGGGCUUCUCGGCCAUCAGCAACAAAGUCCAAGCAGCUCAUCGACAUCCUUGGCUCCCCCACGCUGGAUCCCUUGGCCGACCCUGUCGAGGUCGUCAAAGACAUCAUCGAUCUUGACUCGACUCCCGAGUGGACGCCGCCCGAUGUCUCCUCUCAGCCCGCCGCUCCGUUUGCCCCGCUUUCGCUUCUGGAGGACCCGGUGAUUCCCGAGGCGGCUCCCAGUGUCAUCGCGGACUCUACCGCUGCAGUCGCCGAAGCUGCUCCUGUCGAUACCGAUAUAAUUCUCGGCGCUGACGCACUUGGCGCGGACACGCCUGCCGGUACACUUCCCGAGGCUGCUGUUUCUACUGAGACAGCCGCACCCAAAGCCGCCGCUGCAGCUUGCACCAGCGACACUAAUCCCGCCGUGGACAGCGCUGGCGCCUCUCAAAGCCCUGCCGAUGCCCAGGCUGACGGUUUGGUUGACGUUGGGCUCACAGCCCCCGCCGACAUCGCCGUCCCGACUGCUGCCGCCAGCGAAGCUCUGGCUGCAUCCGUGGACACGUCUCUGGACUUUUUCCCAGCCACUCCGGCACCCGAUGCUCGUCUCCCGUCGACCCAAUUGCCAGGCCAUGCGCUACCGCAUGCAUCCGUCUCACCAGCCGCCUUCCUCCCUGAGUUUUCGGACUUUGCCACCGCCUUUGCUGCUCCCGCUUCCGAACUCGAGGUCAAGCCCGCUUCCGAGGCCAAGCUGGAGCCGCUGCCCGAGAUUCCCGCAGAGUCCGUCUCGAUGCCCACUCACGACGACACCUUUGAGCAAGUUUCGCUGGACAGCCCGCAGGAUGGAUCUGUGUCCAACCCAGACCUGCCGUUGCCACCCAGAUCCCACUCGCUUGGCUUGCUUCCGCCCGUCCUGGAGCGCCUGAAAAGCGCCCUCGAUUCGGAUAUCGGCUUUUCGCACCCUAUGGCCGACAAACCGGAUGACCAAGUCUCAACCUUCUCCACGUCGCCAGCCAUCCCGUCAAAGUCUCCCUCGAUCGCCUCGGGCUCUCCGGCUGUCCCGCCAAAGUCGCCGGCGCUAUCGCAGCUCUCCAAAAAGCAGUCUCUGCCAUCCAUCAGCACCAAGCUCGACAACACCCUGUGGAAGAUGAAGUCGUUUGUUGAAAAGAAGAAGAGCCAAGAUUCUACAAAGAGCAGAAUCCAGCCGCUGUCCCUUUCGCCUGGCCCGCCAGUCGCAGUUGAGCCGGGCGAGAGCAUCUUCAAAUUCGAGCUGCCGCCCGCUGUCGAGCCGAGCGCCGCCACAACCCGCAAGCAGCCCGAGCGCCGUCGCGAGAUCAGCUACAGCGGCUACGGCGCUCUAUUCGAUCCCUCUGGUCCAGCUCCCGCCUUCAGCCUGGACGAUUAUCUGCACAGCCUCACUGCUGCCUUCCCCACCUCUCAACACUAUCUCGACAUUCGUCCGCCUGAGCGCAUCAUCACAAAGUUUCCGCGCAACUGGCCCUUGCCCAAUGCCACCGUUCCGAUCUGGCGUGACGGCACCGGCUGGAACUCGGUCAGCGAAGCCGCCCUCCCGCCCGAAGACAUGGAGUGGCCUCUGGUGCGCUCGCGCCACUUUCGGCAGUACCAGCGCCGCAAGGUCAGCGCCCUUGUCUCGCAGUCGUCCGAAAAGGCCCAAACGCCAGUCUCCAAGAUCGUCCGCGACAAGAGCGGUCGGCUUUACCUUGACGUGCCCGGCAGAGCACCCGUCGAGAUCGAUGAAAACCCCAAUCGCAAGAAGAGCACCCCGACCUUUGGACACUACAUGUCGUCAGAGAAAGUCGAGGCGAUCCUGCGCGAAAAGGCCGAGCGGGAAAAGAAGCAUGCAGCUGCCUUGAGUCUGCCCAGCCCCGAGCCGGAGCCCCAGCUCGACUCCAAGUCCAAGACCAGAGCAGACACCCAGUCGGGCAGCGUCUCCUCAGCCACAUCUGCGCUUUCUCUCUUUGGAAUCACAGCCUCGGCAUCGAACCCGACAAAGUCUGUCCAAAAGAAAACCAGCGAAGUGUUCCCCAAACGCUCGUCCUCCAAGAGUGAGUCGCUUGCGUCGUCGUCGUCGCCGGGAUCGCAAAACCAACACACCCGCGAAAGCAGCGAGGUGUAUCGCGAGGCCCUGCGUGCUUCAUAUCUGGCCCAUGGCAUGAGCAUCCUCGACGACCUGAAUAUGGCCGUCGAGGUGCCCGACCAGCGAAUCUCGUUCGACACCAUGACCUUUGACCAAUCGGAGACGUCGUGGUCGGCCCGCCCUGCGCAUGCUCGCAGCCAGUCGCUCCAGAACGUCAAGUCUUUCCGCAACGAAAACUACGAGCCCCCGCCGCCCAAGGUCAAGAAGGUCCGGCGCUUCCGACGCAACAGUAGCGAAAACAUCGAUCCGGAACGCUCCUGGAUGGAGCUGCUGGGCCGCCUUGCGCUUGAGCCCGCGACCCUGGUCGUCGAGCCCACGCUACUGGUCCACCGCGGAUUCACGUCCAAUCCUCAUGCCUUUGGCAUCGAGCUGGAAUGGGAUGACGGCAUGUACCAGCGCACGGUCCGGGCUGAGAGCACUCUCCUGGUUGGCAACGCCAAGGAUGGCGCACUGAAGAUGCAGCGCACCACCGGCGUCGGCAAGAGCGCCGAGCUUCGCCUCGAAAUCCGCAAGGAGCUCAAGCAAAUCGAGAGCGAUCGCUGGAUGGAGCUCAUCGGCAACCGCUUGCGCAUCAUGCGGGAGCUCGGGCAGGUCCUUGGCGACUGGGAGCAGUCGGACAGCGAGCCCGAGCCCGAGCCCUUUGACUCCAUCGCCUCCGAGAUGAACAUGCUCCCGCUCGGCAGCGCAAUGGGAUUCACCCACAGGGGGCUCGGCAGGAUCUGA